AUGUGGUUAACAAGAAUUUUACACGUAUUUAUUUUUAAUCUGUGUUUACAGAUAAGCAUUGGCCAUCUGAAUGCACUACCAAAUACAGGUUUAAACAAUCCUAUAAUAUCAUCAGCAUUACAUAAUAAUGGGCUGAUAAUACCGAAGAAUUUGAAUCAAAUACCCAAACCACAAAAAAGUUUAAAUAUCCAACAGAUUAAUAAAAUCCAAAAACCAGUUAAUUUACAGCAACCAAACAUACAACAAUCGCCAAAUUUGCAACAAAGGAAUUUUCAGCAAGCGGUCAAUUUGCAACAAGGCAAAAAUUUACAACAACUGAAUAUUCAACAAUCAGGUUUUCAUCCGAAUUCGUUUCAACAACAGAAUGUAAUACCUAAAAUGAAUAAUUUACAGUUUCCAAAUCAACAGCCUCGUGCAUUUCAAACUUCUUCGCCUAUUCUCAAUUCCAAUUUGGCAGGUAUAAAUAACCCAUUACCUGAUAAACCUCUAACAUCUGGAAUAAAUUCUAAUCAGGGGAUACAAUCUCAUUUAAAUCAAGGAUCCACUGCAUCUAAUUUUAAUUUUCAUCCAAAUGUCGGAAUGAAAUACACAGGUUUUAUUCAAAAUGGACAAAUCCCGUCAACUGACAUAGCGCUAAAUAUCAAUCAAGCGUCGCCAAACCAAUUUCCAACGAUUCCUGAAACAUCUAUUAACAAUCAACCAAGUUUAACAGUAUUAACACAACCUGGACAAGAUCCGAAUAUAAUACAAAAUCUCCCAAUGGAUUAUCAGAAACAAAUAGCAAUAAUAAAAUCUGUGCAACCUCAACAUUCACUCGACGGGAUUCAAAAUCAACUUCCUGCAAUAAAUCUAAAUCAAAUACCCACACUUCCACCUACAAUGCCUGAACCUCUCAAUUAUGGACCACUAGCAACAGGUUAUUCUGCUGAUUCACUAUUGAAUACAAUAAUAGCGAAGAAAAGUUCAAAAUCACCCAAUUUGAAGGCACUGUUACCUCUCAUAUUUAAUUUAUUGAAAGAGAAAAACUCAGGUUGUGGGUGUCACUGCGGAUGCGUAAACGAUAACAUGCCAAAUCCUCAAAUAUUCAGUGGAUACGCGAAACAAAACAACUACGGAUCGCAUUACGAUGAAAUUCCACCGAUGGAAGAUGAUAGUAACGAAGAUUUUGAUACAAACAGAUCGAAAAAUAAAAGUAGCCAAGAAAAAGAUAAUGACAAUGGAGAAGAAACUGACAGUAGAGAAAUAGAUGAAGAUUGUAACGCUACAUGUGAAGACAAUGAAGAUUAG